AUGGAAUAUCAAGAAGAAGUAAAGUCCACCAUGCAGAAGAGAUCGAUCGGUCGGAAGUUGACCGUCUUCAUCUUCACCUUCAUCAUCAUCCUCUACGUGGAUUUCCAAUUACGCACGAGCAGCGUCUCCAACGGGAGCGCGUCCAUCCAGGAGGCUCCGACCAGGGGGGCCGCGCGCAGCCCGGCGGCGAGCCGCGGCGCGCGGCCCCGAGGCCAGCGGGUCCCCCGAGGGGCCCCCGGGGGGGCCGCGGCCCGCGUCACGCGGCCGGCCCUGAAGCUGGAGGACAUCUACCUGGCCGUGAAGACCACCGGGAGGUUCCACGCGACGCGCCUCGCGCUCCUGCUGGAGACCUGGGUCUCCAGAACCAAGGCGCACACGUUCAUAUUCACGGACGCCGAGGACGUCGAGCUGCAGUCCAACGGGUACAACGUGGUGGUGACGAGGUGCCAGGCGGACCACAGCCAGCAGGCUCUGUCCUGCAAGAUGUCCGCCGAGUACGACGGCUUCAUGGCCUCGGACAAGAGGUGGUUCUGUCACCUGGACGACGACAACUACCUGAACCCGGCGGCGCUGCUCGGCCUGCUGGCGGCGUUCCCCCCGGACGGACACGUCUACGUGGGCAAGCCCAGCCUGGACAGGCCCCUCGCCGCCAUGGAGCGGCUGGAGGGCAACGCCACGAGGGAGGUCCGGUUCUGGUUCGCCACCGGGGGCGCCGGCUUCUGUCUGAGCCGGCGGCUGGCGGAGAAGAUGGCGCCGUGGGCCAGCGGCCCUCGGUUCGAGCAGACCUCGGCGACCAUCCGUCUCCCUGACGACUGCACCGUGGGCUUCAUCGUGGAGCGGCUCGGCGUCUCCAUGGUGACCUGUCCUCUGUUCCACUCACACCUGGAGAACCUGCUGCUGCUCAGCCAGCGGAGCAUCACACAGCAGGUGACGCUGAGUUAUGGGAUGUUUGAGAACAAGAUGAACAGCAUCGAGGUGAAAGGAAGCUUUUCUAAAGAGGAGGACCCCUCCAGGUUCAGGACCGUCCACUGCCUGCUGCACCCUUUCACCAGCUGGUGUCCUUGAACUCACCAGCUGGUGUCCAUGAACGCAUCGCGGGACGAGAAAUAAGUUGUACAUAUUUUGUAAAGUUUAAACACAUUUAUAUGAACGUUGACUCGAUUAAAUUUUAAUAUUUUUA